GCCAUGUCGCAAAGGUUGAUGGGGAAACAGCUCGGGGAAUGGGGUAAAACUAUUUAACUGGGCGCAUACAGUAGUUCCUUAGCGACGAAUUAUCUUUAGAGUCGGCGCGGAACCGAGCGAUGUUGUACAUUUUUCGGCAGGAAUUCGUGGUAUUUCCGACACCUCCAGUGGGAUCCUGCGAAAGUUUCCCGGCCGGCUUAUGUCAGAAGACGGAUUCACCCUGCCUCUGAUAGUCAGUAGCCCUGUAAGAGCUAAAGGGAUUGAGGUAAAGUAGCCGUUUCCCAUCACGCCUUGCGGCAACGACAAAGCGGGCUGCGGGAAUGAGGUAAAAGCGGGAGUGGAGGGCGACUCGUAGGAAAUUCAGCGCUAAAGCCGUGGCGGGGGAGAGAGUGAAGAGAACGACUCUAGUGUUGUAGCAACGACACCUUCCACUUCCAUGGCGGAGAUCAAGGACAUGCAUGAGGAACAUGACACGUCAGCUGAGAACGCAGAUGAUUCUAGCCUUGAUCCUCAAUUUGAGCCCAUAGUUUCCCUUCCUGAACAAGAGAUCAAGACCCUUGAGGAGGAUGAGGAAGAACUCUUUAAGAAGCGAGCAAAGCUGUUUCGAUUUGCAUCAGAAAAUGAUCUUCCAGAGUGGAAAGAACGAGGAACCGGAGAUGUGAAACUCCUGAAGCACAAGGAGAAGGGAACAAUUCGCCUUCUCAUGAGGAGAGAUAAAACGCUAAAAAUCUGUGCAAAUCAUUAUAUUACACCUUUAAUGGAGCUGAAGCCUAAUGCUGCAAGUGACAGGGCAUGGGUCUGGAACACACAUGCUGACUUUGCAGAUGAAAGCCCUAAACCUGAACUUCUAGCAAUCCGGUUCCUAAAUGCAGAAAGUGAGUGAUGGCACAAGAUUGGUUUCUUCUGAUCAUAUCUAUCUACCUUAAGCAGUAACCGUGGGCCAUUUAGUAGUGCACAGUAGUAAAAUGUGCAAGUAGGUACCACUACCUUUUGUAGCUUCUGUGAUAGAAAAGAAUCAGUAUUUCCUGUAUUUUUAGAGGAUUUAUCCCACUAGCUAUAAGCAACCCCACUGUUUGCCUAUAAGGACUGUCCCUUCUAUCUAAAUAGUACUGCAUCAGCAUUAAUUCAAAAUGUAGCUAGUUAAUUAGUAAUGCUUGGAGUAGUUGUGCUUCCCCUUCUGUCCACCACCACCUUUAGCACUAACUUUUUUUUUUUUUUCCCUUGAUAAUUAUGUUGACACUGUUUUCAAACGAGCUUGCUAAUGUUCCCAAGCCUAAUGUGGUAACUCC